AUGCAAAAACUAUACCUACAAAACAACAAACAACACAACUCCGAUUAUGCUUUCACCAGGGGAGGGGGGAAGCAGCACUGUCUUGGACUGCGGGAUUCGCCAUACACGUUCAAAUCGGCCUCAAGGCCGGGCCUGGCCGGGCCUGGCCGGACGUGUUUCACAUCCGGCCGUCCGGCCAACGAUCUGCCUGAAGGAAUCGACAUACACGUUCAGUUUUUCCUUCAGUCCAUGACUGUACAGUCCGGGACUGAAGGAAAACCGGAACGUACAGUGUUCUUUGUCGGGACACUGCUGAAUGAGUUGCUGAACCAGUUGUUGAAGCUGGCCAUCUGUGAGCCGCGGCCGAUGCAUCGCAGCGCUCACACGCUCUACUCGGAGUAUGGGAUGCCGUCUGCACACGCUCAGUUCACAUGGUUCUUUGCCACUUAUGUCAUUUAUUUUGUAUUCAUCAGACUUCACCAUAUGAACAACAACACAACUCUAGAGAAUGUGUGGAAGGCAGUGAUCACAGUGUCUUGUGUCUCGCUAGCCGUUGUCGUCAGUGUAGCAAGGGUUUAUCUGCAAUACCACACUUGGCAGCAAGUGGUAUGGGGUGCUGUAGUGGGCUUCUUGUUUGGAACAAUAUGGUUUGCACUUACAUACCUUGUGUUGACUCCAUAUUUUCCUAUUGUUGUCACAUGGCGAAUCUCUGAACUGUUGCUGUUGAGGGACACAACUCUAAUCCCCAACGUAUUGUGGUUCGAGUACACCAACACAAGACAAGAAGCAAGGGCCAGGGGUCGUAAGUUGGUGAGCUGCAAGUCACAAUGACAUCUGGUGGCUGAUCUCCGCAGUUACUGGCCUCGUAAGAGGUAGCGUCAAGCCAGACAGUAAAUACUCACAGGCCGACUUUACGGGUAACUUAUCUGUUGUGUCUUUACGUUACGAGGUGCAAUUAUUUUACUGUGCUGUCUCGGUGAGAAUUGUUCUUGUCAGUAACUUAACUGUUUUUGUGUUUGCCAUAUUUAAUUUAAGUGACGUAAAAGACUCAUAGCGUACUUGUUUCAAUGGCAUUUGUGUGUUACCGACUUGAUUAUUAAGUCUCCAAGAAUGUAUAACUUAGGUGCAUCUAUCUUUAUGAAUGGUUUUGUACUUAAUAUGUAUUAUGUAUACUUGUAAUUAGCUGUAUAGAUAAACUAUACCACAGGCUAUAUUACAUGUAGGAAUGUGAGGUAGCCUAUGACUUGGAGGGAAAUGUUGUCAUUCUUGCCAUCUUCAUCUGCUUCACCUUUUAAUCGUGCACCUCUUCUGCUGCUGUAAACACUUUUCACUAGUGUAUUACACUAUUGCUACUGUGUCCAUGACAUCAAUUUAAUUGAUAUUUAGUGAGCAUUGAUUAAAAGACAAAUUUCUGAUUACUACCAUUUAUUAGUGGAAGGUUGAACAGUUACAAAAUAAUUUUAAAAAUUUCAUAGUUUUGUUUCUUCAAAUAAGUUUUAGCUCAGCAAUUUUUUCUAGUAUAAAAGAAUAUUGUACAGGGUGACACAAAGGAACCGGACGUUUUUUAAAUAAGUAGUACACAGUAGUUACAUGGAAUAAAAUGGUUUUAAUACUGUACAUAGUGAGGUAAACAUUUGCCAUUUGUUACAAAACAGUCAUUUUUUGAAAAUGACGUCAUGCAUAUGGUGGCCAUGUACUUCUCUACAAAUGUUCAUUCUGGUCUGAAAAUCAUCUGUAACUCCGGUCAGGAGGUCUUGUUCAAUGCCAUUGAUAUCUUCUGUGAUUCCCAACUUCAAAUCCUCUAGAGUGCGUGGUUAGUGAGCAUAAAAACGAUCCUUAAGAAACCCCCAAAUGAAGUAAUCACUAAAGGACAAGUCAGGUGACCUUGGUGGCCACGGUAUGUCACCAAAGGGAGAAAUCACCUUGUUAGGAAACAUUCAUUCAAUACUGCACUCACUCUGGCAACGUUUUCGUGUGUUCUCGAAGUUCUAGAAGCCUGGUGGUUUCUUUCUUGUUAAAUUUCCAGUUGUUCGGAACCCUAAAACCCACCUUAAUAGCGUAAUUCGGCUUGAAACCGUUCCAUGGCGUUCAAUAUUAAAAUGUCGACUAAAUUCCCACUGGGUUUUGUCGACGGAUUCACCAUUUUGGACUGAAGUUUCGUAUGCGAAAACGCGAUGGUCUAGGGUCCACUAAGCCAUUUCAACAAAAAUGGCAAGCCUUACUGAAGGUAAUGACAUAACCUCAAUCUUCCUACAACGUACGACAACAAUGGAACAGCUGUUAAAAAAACGUCCGGUUCCUUUGUGUCACCCUGUAUUUAGGUACCCUCCACUCUUGUCCCUCUACAAGUUUAGUUUGUUAUUACCAACAAUACACAAUAUUGACGUAAUCCUGAAUUUUUCUAAGUUUCAUGUAAAAAUCUGUUAGACGUUUUCAAUUUACAGAUAUUUUAUUUUUCACAAUUUGUGGUAGAAUUCAGGAGCAGUUACUGCCUCCUUGUGUUUAUGGACUUUUACAUCAUCACUAGUGUCGUGGGGCGCAUCCACACCUGGCACAGCCAAAGUGUUAAAGGGGGAUUUAUAGAGUAUCAACCAACCAGAUUUUAACUACAGGAGAGGUUUAAUCUAAAGAAUUUUCGCCAUGCAAAUAUUUCUAGGCUAAAUAUGUGUGAUUAUUAAUUUGCAUUAAAGUAUAUAGGUAAACAAGAGAUUAAGGUUCAAAAUAUUAACCUCAGGUCUAAAUUUUUUUUUUAAUAAUGUUGAUAGGCUAGCUUGAUCUUUGCAUUGUACUAUUUUGGGGGAAAAACAUCAUUUAUCAAACAACCAUAGGUGUAAGUAAAAUGUUUGGUGAUUUAAUAUUCACUGUAAUACUGCCAUAUUGUUAUAUAACACACAUUUUAAAUGUAAUAAAUGUAUAUCUGUACUAUUAAUGGAACAAUGCGAUUCUAUGAAAUAAGGCCUAAAGAUGUUUAUUCUUAAUUUUGUUUUAGAGAGAUAAGUAUGGGUUCUUGUUAUCCACAGGUUGUUUUUGCUUUGUCAUUAUUGUAUAAUUUAUUCCCAGUGCAGUAUUUUCUUGUUCCAUGUUAGUACUAGUAUUCGUCACAGAAAAGAAUGAAACAAAGAACUUUUAUGUAAAUGUUGUUUUGGCCUGACCAAUCCCCAAAACCGGUUUUAUGGAUAAGAGGAUUGAGAUGUAAUUGACGAUAAAACCACAAUACAGGGGUUUUGGUUGUAUUUUGAUGAGUGGAAGACCAUUAGGACCCCAGUUAGUCGCCUUAAAAGUGUACCAUUGAAAUUUUCCUGCCUUAUUAUUUCUUCUCUGAAAUUUACAUGUUAGCUGGUUAAUUUUGUUAGAGUAAAAUCCUGCUGCUGUCUUUUAGUCCAAACAAUGUGUCUGUGUAACAUUGUAAAGUUUGUUAUAUUUGUAUUUGACUGGCUGGGUAGCUGAGUGGCUAUCAAAAUGUCGCCGGUUUGAUCAUGAGAAAGGUCAACGAUUCUUUUAUGGUUCAAAACUGGACCCAGCUGUCCCAGAUCAUUGGGCUUUAAAUAAAUUAUCGAAGAACCAGCUGAUCUUGGUCAGUAACAAAGCUACACAGUCAUCUCACACCAUUCUAAGGUGGCGGCCCCAUCUUAAAUAAUUAUCGAUCAUUUGCUGUUCUAGAGUUAGUAAAGUGUGUGGUAAUUGUUUGGUGACAGACAGGAACCCCUAAAAUGCUUUUUACCCACCUUUAGAGUAUUUUGACUUAACCUUACUCGACUUAUGGAAAUGUAAUAAUAACAAUAGAAAAUAACCUUUGAGAAAGAAUUGCUUUUGUGUUGAGUUCUACAUUUUUGUCCCUGCGACAAUAUGGAACAUGUAAACAAUUUUUGUAACUUUGUCAACACCAUUUAUAUGUUAGAAGUUAUAACUGUUCAUGUAGUAAUACAUAACAGUGAAGUAUCAUUGUAUUUCUACUUUAAAAUUCUUGUAGGCUUCAAUCUCCUCAAUUUGUUAUCCAGAAUGCAUAAAGUGCAUUAUCUACGGCCAUGGAUAUCCUUGAAGCACACUCAGAAAUAGAUAUGCCAACUACAUUCAUUGCAUGGAAAAAUAUAUAUCUGUAAUCCUAUUACCGUCUAUGAGUCAAGUAAGUCUUUGCAUUUAUUACACAAUGUCCUGGAGUUUUUUAUAUUUUGCUAAGCCAAUGGGAUUAUCACAAAAACCUGACAAUUUAAGUUAUAAUGGUGAAUUUCACACCAGACCAAAAAGUGAGGAUCAGCAGGCUAACAAUCUUCUUUUUCUUACACAAAUAGCAUUUUUUAACAUUUUAAAAGUCCUAACCUUGGUCUUGUUUCAAGUUCAAGUAAAAAAAAAUAUUUUAGCUCAAGUAGUGAACACUGUAUCUCACUUUAAAAAUAAACAAAAAGUGAAAAUAGUUUUAUUUUAUUUUUUGGCAAGUCUUAGUGAGUCUAUAGUGGUUAACUAAUUUAUUUGCAGGAACGGAAAGUAACAUUUCCAACUUGCAAAACCCUUUUUUGGUUUAUUAAAAAUGAUGUUCUGCUGAGUAUAGGUGACACGUGGUGAUAAUGCAUUAAUGUCUAAGCUUAAGUUUCUUAAUGUUUGAUACAAUAAGACAGACUAAUUAAAAUAAGCCUUUCAAAUGCAAUGCUUCCUGUAUUAAGUAGAGUAGAAGCAGUUUUGUAAAUCAUGUCUACUGUUUAUGGCACUGUCGAGGUAGCAUUCUUGAUCAAUUGAAGAAAGAUUUGCUUCUAAUAACGCAAUCAUAGCCGUAUUUGUACGAACAAUACUUUUCUUGGAACACAACGCACAAAUAGAUUAAGUGAAUAAUUAUUGUGAUUGAUUAAAGUUGUUUUGUAUGUAUGUACCUAGUGAAUUGAAAAUGCUUUGCAUGCAUUUGUAAAUAUAUUUUUUGUAUAUAUGUGUAAGUUGUAUAUAGUUUAUUGUAAUAAAUAAAAUCUUAUG